AUGAAGGACGUUCUUGAAUCCUCCAAUAGUGAUAAAUUCAAUACUGACAUUACUAAUCAACCUGAAUUCGAUAAAGUGGCUAACGAAACUUGUCAACAAGUUUAUCAUCAAUCACAGUCUCUACCUAAAACGGAUAUCAAUGGAAUAGUUAAUAUAGACGGUAUUUAUCAUCAUCUGUAUGAAAAGAACGAGAGUAUGGUUUGUCAUGGCGAUCACAACGGCAGCAGUGACAAUAGCCAUCAAAGCGAUGACUAUAAUCCCGGCAAGAACGAUGAUAAUAACCCCGGUAAGAACGAUGAUUUCCAUCGCAAUAAUAAUCAUGAUGUUCUGAAAUAUAAUUGUAACGAGGAAAAUCAAGCCGAUGAGAGUGAUAAAGUAGACAAAUGUCAUGAUCACAACCGGCACCAACAAAAUACAGACAACCAUUAUCCGCAAAAUGGCAAACUCAAAGUCAAAUUACGUCAAAGUAAAUGUGGCUACUUUAACUAUCAACCAGCAUGGCUUCAACAAUUUAACUCCCCAAAGUACUUUUUAUUUUUUUUAUGCACAACCAUUCUACUCGCUCAUAUGCAAGCUCAUGGAAUUAAAGCCACGAUUGUACCAUCUCUGGAGAAAAGAUACAAUAUGACUUCAACUUAUUUAGGAAGUAUCAUGAGCGUUAACGAUGCUAUAGGUGGUGUAUGUGGCCCUUUACUAACAUUUGUGAUCGCCCAACGUUAUAAAAAUAAAUGGAUAGGUUGGAGUAUAGUCAUUACUGGGUUAGGUUUUUUAACCUUUGCGCUACCUCAUUUUCUUGCUCCACUUUAUCACUAUAGCACAUCUGAAAUUACCAAUAGCUUAUGUUCUAAUAGUAACAAUUUUACUCAUACUAAAUCCAAUUGCUCUACUUCGGAUUCAUCGUCCCAUUGGGUUUAUACUUUUCUAUUUGUUAUUGCUCAAUCUGCAGUCGGUUGCGGCUUGACGAUACAAUAUUGCCUUGGUAUUGCUUACUUAGAUGAAAAUGUUAAGCCUACAGUAUCGCCAUUAUUUAUCGCAAUUAUUAAUAUGAUGUCAGUUAUCGGUACCUCUGGUGGAUUAUUUUUAGGCGGUAUUAUGAAUAAUAUCUAUAUCAAUUGGCCUACUAUCACGACAGAUCUUCUUCCUUCUGAUGUUAAAUGGAUUGGAGCUUGGUGGCUAAGCUAUCUAGGCACAGGAUCUGCAUUAUUACUGUUCGCUCCGUUAUUUUUCGCUUUUCCGCAUCAUUUAUCAACUUAUAAAGAUAGUAAAAGGGCAAGAAGACGGUGUCAAUCGGCUGAAAUUAGUAAUAAUGAUAAAUCUUAUGAAACUACUAUAGGCCAACUUCUCACCGUUACAAGACAACUAGUUUGCAAUUCACUAUUUAUGCUACCAACUAUUGGUUUAACAUUAGAAAAAAUUACGAUCGGAGGAUUAAUUACAUUUCUACCAAAGUAUGUUCAGUCACAAACUGGCUUAUCCAUAUUCGUAUCUAGCAUCGCAGGCGGAGGAGCAGUGAUUAUUGGCUCCAGCGUCGGCCAAUUUUUGGGUGGAUAUCUUACAAAACGAUGGAAGUUACAAGGAUCAGCUAUUUCGAAAUUUUGCGCUUACGCUUGCUUUAUAAAUUUUUUAACUUCGGGAGUACUGUUAAUACAAUGCGGAAAUAUACCAAUUAUUGGAAUUGGGUCCAAUAAUAAUUCCAAUAAUUAUCAGCCUAAUAGUCUUAACUUAUCAACGACGUAUUCUUCCGCAUAUGCAACGGCAACACAGUGUAGCACUGGCUGCAAUUGUCAAAAUAUACAAUUUUCCCCUAUAUGUGGAAGUGAUGGGUUAGUUUAUGCUUCACCAUGCAAUGCUGGCUGCAGAACGAAAUCAAUCAAUAGUAGGAAUGAAGUGGACUGUGAUGCAAUAUAUCCCUUAUUCAUAGGCGUGUUCAUAUCAUCUUUUGCAUCAUUUAUCGUCGUCUCUCCAACAAUUUCCAUUAUCCUAAGAAAUAUUCCAGAAAAUCAAAGAGCGUACGGAAUUGCAUUGCGGGGGUUUUUUACAAAAAUAUUUGGCAAUAUUAUCGGUACCAUUACUAUAGGUGGAAUUAUCGAUUUUUCCUGCUCUUUAUGGAACACCAACUGUAGCGAUAGUAAAUUCUGCUGGCAGUAUGACAAUGUCAAAAUGUCCUUAUAUCUAUUUGCGUGCGUUGCUAUAUUAAAAUUUUUAAAAUUACUAACUUUUAUAUUGCUGUGGCAUGUUCAUAGUAAAGAAGAAAAAGUAGCUAGAGGGCGAGGUAAAAAUGACCUACCUAUGACCCCUUCUAUGUCAUCGUUUGCGGACUGUGAUAUUAACACUGUUGAAAUUGGAAACAGUUAUGUUACGGCUUUUUAA